AUGAAGUUUGAGAGCGAUGCCAAAGCACUCAUUCUCAGAGCAGCUUUUGACCUGAUUUACUCUUGUCCCCACUGGCCCUACUGCCUCCUGCUGGUCCGUCCCAGUCCCCACUGGCCCUACAGCCUACUGCUGGUCCGUCCCAGUCCCCACUGGCCCUACAGCCUCCUGCUGGUCCGUCCCAGUCCCCACUGGCCCUACUGCCACCUGCUGGUCCGUCCCAGUCCCCACUGGCCCUACUGCCACCUGCUGGUCCGUCCCAGUCCCCACUGGCCCUACUGCCACCUGCUGGUCCGUCCCAGUCCCCACUGGCCCUACUGCCUCCUGCUGGUCCGUCCCAGUCCCCACUGGCCCUACUGCCACCUGCUGGUCCGUCCCAGUCCCCACUGGCCCUACUGCCACCUGCUGGCAGCGAUGAGGUCACGCUGCUCGAGCCGUCGAUUCACUUCCUGUUUCGGAGCGGCCAAUAGUGCGCGGCUGUCAGAGAAGCACCAUGGCUCACCGCGAUGA